CACUAGCCCAUUUGUGUAGGUUGUACACAUAGGCAGUAACAUUAUUUCUGAAUUAUUGAUUAUUCUCCCCGAGGAAAUCUAAUGAAAAAUGGUAGAGCAUUGAUUUCCUGCUAUUCAUCUGUUCUUGUCUUGCAGGUCUGGAUUCUAGAAAAUUUGUGUAAAAAGCUUUAUACCCAGCACACACUGACUUUACAGGAACUGCACAACAUCAGUCUAAAGGUGGAGAGAUUGCAUGACSUCAUGAAUUUCCAGAUAAAUAAUCUUCAGCAAAAGUCAGAAAAUGCAGCAGGAGAAAAUUCAGAUGUGUCAGAGGUAGCUAAUGAAGAAGGGAAGACUGAAUGGUCAAUGGAAAAGGGAUAUCUUUGGCAAGCACACACARUCCUGCAGGAAAUACAAGAAUCUUUGCAGAAACGAGAGAGGGAAGUAAGUGAGCUUCUACAAAGUGAAAGGAGAUUUAACAAAGCAGUGAAACCUCAAAUGACAGUGCUGAUGUUCUUGAAAUGUCUUAUCAACAUGAUUCACACCAUAUACUGCGAUGUCCCUGGGGCACAAGAAUGCAUCCAUCAGCUUAUCAGGAAGAACGAGGGUGAAAGGGCUGAUCAGAAAGGAGUCUUCAGUARUGCUCAGGCUGACAUUCCGUCCUGYGAAGUGUUUUAUGGAAAUGAACUUACAGAUGACAGAAGGACACACCUCCCGACAAAGCUAUUCAGAAACAUGGGGAAAGCAAAGUCUGAUUUAGAACAUGUUGAAACAGAAAAAAUUGUGUUUGGUUGCAUCCAGACAGGAGAAAUCCCCAACUGGAUUAAAAGGGAUUGUCUUAAUGUUGCCUGGUCAGAGGACACUGGAAUAUGCUCUGAGGAGGUGGAGUCAUCAUUGCAAGGAACUCACRAAGAAGUUUAAAAUGGAAAUCAAGGUAAUGCAUUACAAUGUAUCACACCACCUGGUUUUAAAGUUAAUAUUAAUACACUAAUUUUCCUAACUAUUCUUGAGGGAUUUGAGACUUGCUCUGAAUUAUAUUCUGUGAUAUCUAAGCACAUUUACGCCCGAGGAUA